AAUAAGAUUGUAUGAUAGCACAAUUCAGAUAAGAGAGGUUUUGUUUGAAUUCGGAACAGGUCCAUUGCAUUUUGGGUGAGCAUCUUCUACUUGUAUGCGUGUUGCAAGAAAUUAUUGCGCUAUUGACACUACCGUGUUGAAUCUGUGUAAAAAUGUUCACCAAAAUGGCACUUCUUUUUGUGAUCUUCCUCAACAUCUAUGUCAGUUUGGCGUCUGAUCCGGAUCCGGUCCAAGACUUCUGCAUAGCCAACACAGCAGAAUCUGCAACUGCAAGCAAUGCCAUCCAAUGCAAGAAUUCAUCCCUUGCCACAGUAGAAGACUUUGUAUAUUCCGGCAUCAAGUCUCCUGGAAAAUUUGGCCAAACAGGUCUUUCUGCCAUUUCAGUGAACUCAAAUGUCUUUCCAGGACUGAACACACUUGGAAUGUCAUUUGUCCGAGCUGAUUUUGAAGUUGGUGGUGUAAACGUGCCACAUUACCAUCCGAGGGCAACGGAGACAGCGUUUGUGCUUGAAGGAAAGAUUUAUUCCGGGUUUGUUGAUACGAAUAACAAGAUUUUCGCUAAGGUGAUCGAAAAGGGUGAGGUCAUGGUGUUUCCAAAAGGUCUAGUGCACUUCCAAAUGAACGUUGGUGACACUCCAGCAACCAUAUUGGGGAGCUUCAACAGCCAAAAUCCUGGAUUGCUAAGAAUUCCCACUUCAAUUUUCGGAUCCGGGAUCAAAGAUGAGCUCUUGGAGAAGGCUUUUGGAUUGAGUUCUAAGGAGAUUACCAAGUUGAAAAAGAAGCUCGGUCCCCAUUGAUUGAGCUAGAGAAUUGCAUUUUCAUUUUCCUAUUCGUAAGUCUACAGACAUUUUUUUCACCAGCAAAUAUAUAAAUCUUCUGAAUUAUGCUAUCUCAAUUUGGUUUCAUCACUUUGUUUAUUAUUUGUACGUAAAAGCUAGGCAUUCCAUUUGUCAAAUCCUGGAGAUUUUGUUUGUAUACCCGAUAGAAGGAUAUACGCUAGGAGAACUUGAUACAAUUCAAAUGUAGUAUCAUGAAUUCUAGUUC